UAGUAGGAACUUGGUAGUUAAAUUACAGCAGCUGUGCCAACAGGACAGAAAUGAAUUUAAAAAGUCCAAUGAGAUUGUUUUAAAAUUUUGAAUUACUCCCGAAAAUCAACAAGGAAUUAUUUUGUUUGAACAACAGAAAAAAUCCAAGGUUUUUGUAAACACGAAUUAAAGCAUUAUCAGGCAGUGACAACAGUUGCGUUAACAAACAAAAUAUUUAAUCAAAUGAGGUUAAGUUAAAAUAUUUUAUCCAAUUCCUUUGAAAAUUAAUUGCUUGUAGUUAAUCCAGUAUGGAGUCCAAUAAAAAAGUAUGUCCAUUAUUAAAGGAUCCAUCCAAGUAUAAUCCUGACACAGUAGAUUUAAUAAAUGAUCUAAAUGAAAGGUCUUUCUGGUUUAAAUGCCUUCUGGAGAUGGUGAAGAACUUUAUUAAGAGAGCUGGCAUAUUGAAUCCAGAUAAUCCAGAGGCCAAACAGAUUGCCGAGAAAUGUUUUCACAGCUUCAAAAGCCUCAUCGAUCAACUACAUCAUGACCCUACUAUAUUGAAUCCGUUAAGUAUAAGAACCUUGUUGGAAUUCAAUGAGAGGAAAUUAAGAGAAAACAACUUUAAGGAUGCCUGGCUGCAUCAGAAACACAAAGAAAAUGAAAUGGCUUUUACUCAGUUUCCACACAGAAUCAAGCAAAUUGAUAACAUAUUGGAUGAAUCACUGAAAUGGGAGCAAAUUGCAAAAGGUGUUUUGGCUGGUAAUAUGUUCGACUGGGGAGCCAAGGCUGUAACUGAUAUUCUUGAGGAAUCUAAGGAAUUUGGUUUGCAGCAAGCAAUGGACACAAUUCAAAGCAGGCCAUGGUUUAAAGACACAUUGGAUAAAUGGGUUUUUAAAAUACAGACUACUCCAUACAAAAUGACAAUAAUAUUUGUUGAUAAUGCAGGGGUUGAUUUUGUGUUGGGCAUUUUGCCAUUUGCUAGGGAAUUACUGAAACAAAAGACCAAAGUAGUUUUAUCUUCCAACUCUUCUCCUGCUUUAAAUGAUAUAACUCACAUAGAGUUAAAGCAAUGUUUAGAAAAAGCGAGUAAACAUUGUCAAAUCAUCCGAGAUGCAUUGAACAGUGAACUACUUAUAGCCAUGGAAAAUGGCCAGGAUGGUCCCUGCUUGGAUCUCACCAAAUUAGAUGAAGAUUUAUGUCAAUUAUGCAAUGAAGCUGAUUUGGUAAUUUUGGAAGGUAUGGGAAGAGCAGUGCACACAAACUUAUAUGCAGAAUUCAAAGUUGAUAGCUUAAAGAUGGCAGUUCUUAAGAAUGAGUGGUUAGCUAAAAGUCUAGGUGCAGAACAGUUUUCUGUUAUUUUUGAAUAUGUUCCAGUUUCUUAACUUUGUACCUGACUUAUUGUAUGUUUUGUUAAUUUAUCUUUAAGUAGGUUGUACAUUUCGUUUUUCGACUGAGUUUGGGCUGUUAAAGUAUAUGCCAGGAACGUUUUCUUUUUUAAAUGCUUGAUAAUAAAAUAAGUAUAGAUAGAAGAAACAGAAACAAAAUGAAAUAGCUUUAAAUACUAUUUAACAAAAUAUGUUAUUCUUUUCUAAUUUUGAUCUGAUGGAUAAAUUUUAACGUCUAUAAAUAUAUGUUUAAAG